CGAUUUGACAAAUUAGCACGGCCGCUAGCUUCACGCCAACGCAUUGUUUCUUUAAGAAGCGCGACUUCCUGGUUGUUGUUUAUUUAUUGGACCUGUUUCUGAAGCUGGAAGUUGGUGGCGUCGCUAUUUAAUUGGCUCCAAAACAGGAUGUUGCUUCAAAUACUGCUGGGCUUCCUGUGCGGCGUCGGCGCCAUGGCCGCGGAGAACGACACGGCUCAGCAGGGUCCCCUGCCGCUGCUGCUGGUGUCGUUCGACGGCUUCCGAGCCGACUACCUGCAGAGGUUCCCCAUGCCCAACCUGAAGCGGCUGUACAGCGAAGGGGUCCUGGUGAAGCAGCUCGCCAACGUCUUCAUCACCAAGACCUUUCCCAACCACUACAGCCUGGUGACGGGGCUGUACGCGGAGUCUCACGGCAUCCUGGCCAGCAGCAUGUACGACCCGGUCAGCCACAAGCACUUCCACCUCAACGACACCGACCCGAUGUGGUGGGACGAGGCGCAGCCCCUCUGGGUCACGGCGCUGGACUCCGGCUACAAGACGGCGGCCAUGAUGUGGCCCGGCUCGGAGGUGGCCAUCAGGAACCGCACCGCCACGCACUUCUUCAAGUACAACCCCGCCGUGACAUUCGAGCAGCGGCUCGGGAACGUGACGGACUGGAUAUUGGGAAACGGAAAGGAGCAAGGAGCGAUGUUUGCAGCUCUCUAUUGGGAGGAGCCGGACCGAACGGGUCACCAUUUUGGUCCUGACAACACCAGUGCCAUGGCAAAGGCGUUAAAGGAGGUUGAUGACAACAUUGGCCUGCUGAUGGCGGAGCUGAAUCGGACGGGGCUCUGGGGUCACAUCAACGUCAUCAUAACCAGCGACCACGGCAUGGCCCAGUGCUCGGCCGACCGCCUCAUACGGCUGGACGACUGCCUCCACCCGGACAAUUACACGCUGGUGGACCUCACGCCCGUCGCAGCCCUCCUCCCACUCAAAGAACCAGAGGCCGUCUUCAAUCUGCUAAAAAAUUGCCACGCUCACAUGACGGCGUACUUGAAGAAAAACAUCCCCGAUAGACUGCACUACCGGAACAAUGAGCGCAUCCAGCCGAUCAUAUUGAUCGCCGACGAGGGCUGGACCAUAGUGCAGCGAGGGAACAAGCUGCCCAGACUGGGCGAUCACGGCUACGACAACUCCCUCCCCAGCAUGCACCCAUUCCUGGCGGCGGCAGGCCCCAGCUUCCGUCGGGGUUACGAACUCAACAGUUUACACAGCGUGGACGUGUACCCGCUCAUGUGCCGCCUGUUGUCGGUGCCGCCGCAGCCCAACAACGGCACCCUGAGCCAGGCUCGGUGCAUGCUGACUGCCGAGUCCUGCUCCGAGGUCCCGCUGGUGGUCGGCCUCGUCGUGGGCGUCUUAAUAUCGCUGAGCGCAUUCACGGUUCUUUUCAGAUUCAUGUCCGUCCGCCGCCGUUCAGGGCCUCGUCCCUUCCAGAGGCUGCAGGUCGACUACGACGACGACGACGACGACCCCCUGUUGGAGUGAAAACCGGCCUGAGCCAUGUGUGUCACCUGUUCGUGCUCCAAUAGGUACUUAACAUGUUGCACUUUACUGUCCUUGCUUCCGUCCGGCACGUCUCUGUCCACGCAUCCAGUAGAAAGACACCGAACGUGGAGUUGUGCACUGGUCUAAAAGCAGCUACAGGUAGCGGUGGACACCAUUGUUGUUAUUGAGUCUCCAGAAAGUUACUGCUGUUGAAAAUCCUUGGACUUGAACAUGUGAUGACAAAGCAUUGGCGUAUUGUUGGUAGGAGGAUAAUAAGCGUUUUAUUUUUAGGCUGAGCAAAUGUUUAAGUUACUUAUUUCUGAGAUUACUUUUAUUUUUCUUUGACAAUUGUGUUUCGAUUAUCUAUGUGUCUGUAGUUAUUUGUUGUCAGCAGAGGGCGCCAGUAGCUUAUUUAAGAUUUAUACAGAGUGUUGCUGAGAUCCUGUGACAGAGAGGAAAGUUUUGUCUGUUGGUUUUGAAUGUCAUUACUCAUUUUUUUUGUUUCCUGUUGCCUGAUCCUGCAGUCACCUGAGUAAUGCUUUCAUUUUAAUUUGCUUGUUUUAAACUGACACUGCAAGUAAUUACUGCUAAAGGGUCACCAAGGUGUGCCCUUGUUUCAAAGAGGGAGAUUUCUAUUCAUAUUUUCAUUUCACUUGUUAUUUUGUCAGGUGUCCGUCCAUGCAUCUGUCUGAAUGAACCCAAAGACUGUUAUCCAAAUGCACAACAAACACUCCAAAGAGAUAAACUGAGCUAAAUCUUAAAAAGGGAUUUGUAUCACAAAAACUAAAGGAGCAUAAGAAAUGUUUUAAGUCACAGGUGUGAUAAUUAAACACUGGGUCACCUAGAUUUUAAAAAUAGUACAAGGUCAAAUUCAGGUAGUGGGUUGAAACUUGAAUAAUUAUUUAGGAGGCAACUCUUCAGAUGUAUCUGCUGCUUAGCCGCUCAAGGUUCUUUGAAAAAUGGCUGCUCGCAGGUAUCAAAAACAUGAGUCUAAGUCUGCUGUUAUGAUUAGAAACAAAUCCAAUGGAAAGACCAAAGCCUAAAACAAGAAUACACUGUCUAAUGCUCGUGUGCCAGAGAGAGUCCAUUGUUGUUUAAUGAUACAGUACAUCAGGGAGACACGCUAUCACGCUUGGGCUCAAGUCCAAAUACACCGUCCUGCUGCUAAAUAUGCACUACUCACUGGCGAUUGGCCUCGUGGUGGGUGUCUCACAGGUAAUUGAGUCAGUCACUGGUAAAUCUGAAUGAAUACCUGUUAUGUCUAUGCAUCGCACAAAUUAGAAAAAUAAAGGCGGGCCGAGUACAGAACCCUGGGGUACUCCACAAAAAAAAAAAAAAAAGUGUGAGAGGAGGAAGCACUUGACAAAUUAUUUUCACCAGAGCUAGCUAGAAUCCCAGGUCACACAUAUUGAAAUUAAAUAGUUAGUACUUAACAUUUUGGUAUAAGUACGGUGUAUUCUUUGAGAUUAUGAAUUGAAUUUGUCGCCGUACUCCACCCUACUGCUAAAUAUGCACCGAAUGGAUAUUAAUCCAUGGCCUUAUUCCUCUUGUCUGAGUAAUAUUUAAUACAAAAAAGUGCCCAGACUUGUUUUGUUUAUCUCAAUUAAACUAUGAACAAUAAUGUAACAUACUAUGAUGUAUUGCUAGUUUUGGUCUUUUUCGUGGGAUUUGUAAGUACUAGGCCUUACCCUAAGAUGCAGUACUGCUUGCUUGCAUGCCUAUUACAGCCAUAUAUAUGUAGACGUGUGUAAAAUACUGUAUAUACAAAUAUACCCGUGGCUGCUGAAACGAGAGGAAAAAAAGUGAGUAUGUGAAAUAACUUGACAGUUGCUCCAGGUCACCAGGGAAGAUUAACAUUUUAGAAAAGGAAGGAAAAAAAAAGUUUCUUCAUUUGCACCAUCAUGCAUUUCUGUAUAACUGUUUGCCGUGAGUCAAAUUUAAGCCAGUGAUGGGAUGUGAAAUACAAUAUAGAAGCCUCCAUCUGAACAACAUGGGCUCACUGUUACUGGCUUCAUAUUUAUGUGUGUUUUAAAUUAUUUAAAAGGCCUCAGUGUUUUUAGAGGUGUUGAAAAUGAUUUUGUUACUAUGCAAAUUGUAAUGCCUGGCCUGUAAAGAGAGGUUUGGUUAAAUGAGAGCCAAAUAAGUCAAUAAAGUUGAUUGAAAAUAUUAACUUUUUCUGUUGUGAUUAAGAACCCUUUCACAUCAAAUACCAGUGGAAAAGUAAGAGCGACACACGUUUGGAAAAAUUAAUUUAUAUUCCUUUAUAUGUUUUUUUUUCUCCAUCGCAGUCACAACAUUACAAUGUAAUAAAAUGGUAAAUAUAUAAAAUCAAACUCAGUACUGACGCAUAUACAUUUCUGUAUCGUGUUUCAAAACCAAAUGAACUGUACAUGUUUUUCAUUUAUAUCUGUUUUCAUUUAAAAUCUGUCAUAAGUUCUAUGUAGUCAUCUUUUAUUAUUGUAAAUCUCUGUCUCUUUACAGAUAAAUAGACUUUGUUUUCAGGAGGUAUUGUAACAAAAAUAACACAUUUCCUAAUGCUGGCCUGCUAGAGCCAUUGAAAAUAUCAUUCAACUUUUCCCCAGUUUACUAAACACAGAAUACACAGACAAACCAGAGAUACAUCAUGUGUCUUCUCAUUUAUCUCCUGUCUUGUUUGUGGUUGGUCAGAGAUAUUUGGUGUGAAUUAGGGAACCCUCUCCCA